ACCUUCGCUGACAGCCUGCGCUUUAGAAGAGUCGUCCAGUUCCCGCGUGCUCUGCCGUUGCAGAAGUCGCCAGCUGUCCGGGUCGCCUUGAAUAAUGAAUGACGAAGAGCGCGACAUGGGCGCCGAGAGCGAUGAGGACAGGAGGGCGCGCCACAACGCAAUGGAACGAAGACGAAGGGAUCACAUCAAAUACAGCUUCAUCAGCCUACGGGACGCCCUACCUGAUAUGCAAGGGGUGAAGGCGUCUCGGGUCCAGAUCCUGAGAAAGGCGGCGGACUAUAUCCAGACGAUGCGUAAAAAGAAUGCUGCCCACCGGGUGGAUAUCGAGGAGCUGAAGGAGCAGAACAGAUGCCUCGCCGCACAAAUGAAGACGAAGGCCAGAGCAGUGAAGAAAUCCAAGAAAAACAACGGUGGUGACUCCUGCGGUGGCAGUUCCGCAUCUAUUGGGGAUUUCGGCACCCCCUCGAACAGUGACACAAGCGGGGUCAGCGGCCCCAGCAGCUGCCAGCGCUCCGCACCACGGUAGUCGGCACAGACGACCUGCCUAAUCCGCAGCGUAGACAACGUGCUGCUGAUGCGCUGCUUUCGGGAGCCGCAGGAAGGGUCUUAUGCGGGUCAAGGAAACUCAAGAGGGCGGACCGAACGUGAUCUUGAAGUCGGCGGCUGUUCAACCGGACAAGAAGCACCUUUAGUUCCAACGUGGACACCACCCCAAGUAAGCGACUGUAGGCA